GGAUUCUGAAUUUCGUACGAAAUUCUGUACAGAAAAGUGUCUUUUUACUUUUACUUCGAUUAAGAAGUGUAGCACAAACUUCAUAACUCUGUUGCUGUUGUUUUUUUUUUGGUGGUCGUUAAAUGUCUGUGGAACUAAACUUGAGGUGGUCAUCGACGGUCGAUUUGCUAAGCUUAAGUUUCCAUGCAAGUUUUCGGAGAGUUUUUCUGGGGGUUUCUUCCACCAAAGCCCACCGAAAACAGAAAGUUCUUCUACGACCUUCUUUAUAUUCAAGGCUUAAGUCUCUCUCACGAAAUUUUUUUAACAACCGUUGGACUUGAUUGAUGUUUCUUGCCUUCUGUGAACACUCACCAAUCAAACUGCUGACUGUCAAGCUGUAUGGAUUACUAACCAGUGAUAUAGCUCAUGAUGCUGCUGUCGGGGCAGAUGAACCUGUUGAUAUCGUCCGGUGGGCCCGUCGGACUACACAACUUCUGGACCAGCAUGUUGUAGGUCACCCCGGAAGCCAUGACGGUCGCCAUAGUGCUGAUGAUGACCGGCAGCAAGACGGACAGCCCCUUCAAGACACUGAGUAUUCCCAUCUUGACAGAUCGCUACAGUUCUCUUCGCCGUCUAGUUCGCUUAGUUUUGAUAUUCGAUUCCUUAUCUUAUCGGACCGUUCGAGAUUUUAUUCAAUGGCAAUAUUCAUAGAAGAAGAAUGA